ACACUGCAGAAAAUUCCAUUAAAAAAAGCGAGAAAAAAAACGUAGCGAAAGAGAGAAAUUACGACGUCUGCAGGGCCGAAGCGAAAAAAGUAGCAAAUACUGAAACAGAGUGACUAUGAUUGUUGUUAAGUGAAAGCAGCACUUUUGGAAAACGGCUAGGCCAGCGGCGCAGGCCACGGAAGAAAGCAGCGGAGUCAGCGUUCCAAAAUCAAAGCAAAGCCAGCGGAAAGUAAAGGAAAGCGAAUCAAAGCUGGAAGGCGAUAAAGCGGCUCACCAGGCACUCCAACAACAACAGCAACAAUAGCAACAACAGUAGGAGCAGCAGCAACAACCACACAGCAGCAGCAGCAGCAGCCAGGGAAAGUACCAGAGUGUGAGUGAGUGAGUGAGCGAGUGUGCGUGUGCGUGUGUGUGGGUAGUGGAAACAGAACUGAGCCGUGAGAGAGCGAGAGCGGGAGAGCGAGAGCGGGAGAGCGAGCUAGUGGAAGUGGGAGCGGGAGAGGAGCAGUCCGAUUCCGAAUCCCGGAAUAGAAACCAGGAAAAAGGAAACGGGAAGCAGUAGCCGUAGAAGCAGAGCCAAAAACCGAAACAGAAACAGAAGUCUCAACCAUGUCUUCGAAUAACCAGAGCAGCAGCGUUGCCCAGGCGGCAACAAGUGCCCGCACCGUCAGUGCCGGAUCGGCGGAAGCCACAGAUGCCAAUAGUACCGCCUCGAACAACAACAAUAAUAGCAGCAGUACCGCUGCAGCGGGCAACAACAGCGACAACAGCAGUCCCACCACUGGAACGGGCACAGGAGCGAGCACUGGAAAGCUGCACGGCGGCCACACGGCAGUAAACACCAAGGAACGGGUGGUGGACAGCGUUCCCUUCCCGCCCAGCCACAAGCUGACCUUGGCGGAGGUGUUCGACCAACGCACCGGCAAGCCCAACCAUGAGCUGCUCAAGCAGCACUUCAUUCUUGAGGGCAGAAUCGAGGAGGCGCCCGCCCUGAAAAUCAUCCAGGACGGAGCCGCCCUGCUGCGUCAGGAGAAGACGAUGAUCGAUAUUGAGGCGCCGGUGACGGUGUGCGGUGAUAUCCACGGCCAGUUCUACGACCUGAUGAAGCUGUUCGAAGUGGGCGGCUCGCCCGCGAGCACCAAGUAUCUGUUCCUGGGCGACUACGUCGAUCGGGGCUACUUCAGCAUCGAGUGCGUCCUGUAUUUGUGGUCGCUAAAGAUCACCUAUCCGCAGACGCUGUUCCUGCUGCGCGGCAACCACGAGUGCCGGCACUUAACCGAGUACUUCACCUUCAAGCAGGAGUGCAAGAUCAAGUACUCGGAGCGCGUGUACGACGCCUGCAUGGACGCAUUCGACUGCCUGCCGCUGGCGGCGCUAAUGAACCAGCAGUUCCUCUGCGUGCACGGCGGUCUGUCGCCGGAGAUACACGAGCUGGAGGACAUCCGGCGGCUCGACCGCUUCAAGGAGCCGCCCGCCUUUGGCCCCAUGUGCGACCUGCUGUGGUCCGAUCCCCUGGAGGACUUUGGCAACGAGAAGAACUCGGACUUCUACACGCACAACUCCGUGCGCGGAUGCUCGUACUUCUACAGCUACGCCGCCUGCUGCGACUUCCUGCAGAACAACAACCUGCUGUCGAUCAUCCGGGCGCACGAGGCGCAGGACGCCGGCUACCGCAUGUACCGCAAAAGCCAGACCACCGGCUUCCCCUCGCUGAUCACCAUCUUCUCGGCGCCCAACUAUCUCGACGUGUACAACAACAAGGCGGCGGUGCUGAAGUACGAGAACAACGUGAUGAACAUCCGGCAAUUCAACUGCUCGCCGCACCCGUACUGGCUGCCCAACUUCAUGGACGUGUUCACCUGGUCGCUACCCUUCGUGGGCGAGAAGGUCACCGAGAUGUUGGUGAACGUGCUGAACAUCUGCUCCGACGACGAGCUCAUGACCGAGGAGAGCGAGGAGCCGCUCUCCGACGACGAGGCGGCGCUGCGCAAGGAGGUGAUACGCAACAAGAUCCGUGCCAUUGGCAAGAUGGCGCGCGUCUUCUCCGUGCUGCGCGAGGAGUCCGAGUCGGUGCUGCAGCUGAAGGGCCUGACGCCCACGGGCGCCCUGCCCCUCGGCGCCCUCUCCGGCGGCAAGCAGUCGCUCAAGAACGCCAUGCAGGGCUUCUCGCCCAACCACAAGAUUACCUCGUUCGCGGAGGCCAAGGGCCUGGAUGCCGUCAACGAACGGAUGCCGCCGCGGCGGGAUCAGCCGCCCACGCCCAGCGAGGAUCCGAAUCAGCACAGUCAGCAGGGCGGCAAAAAUGGGGCUGGACAUGGGUAAGCUGUGCCAUCUAGUGCGGCUGCAGGACGAGGAUGCAGAUGCAGAUGCGGCACGGUGGAGUCUGGCGAGGUCUGAAUUGGUCUGAAGGAGGGGCUGAGUGGAGCGGAGCGGAGGCAACACAAAGAACACCAACCGAACGGAACCUUAAUUAAACUUAAUGUGGCAGAGCAACAACUUAAAUACUAAAACCAAUUCUAAUUCUAAGUAAUUGUCAUAACCCCCUGCAUUUCGUAUGUGAUCCCGCACCAGCUCCAUGCCCAUGUCUAUGUCCAUGGCCCAGAGCCUCCAAACCGACGGCACGGAGCAGAGAUUUGUUUUUACGCAGGCGCGCGCACAUUGGAUAUUAAAAUUAUGUGUGGCAUACUUUGGCGCGCCGGCCCCCAAAACGGAAAAUUCCCUUUCGCGAUAGAAGAAAACCAACCCAUAACGUAACCCAUAACCUAGCUUAAGUUGUAAUGUAUAAACUAUAAACUGAAAUGGGCAAAUUUUAAAAUGGAAAAUGAACAAAACGGAAAGAGCUAAUUGAAAUCCCUCCCCCUGCGAUAAUGCGAUAAUUUAAGAUGAAAAACCCCAGCAGAAUCCCCAUAAUCCCCAGAGGCAAGAAACACUAAUCCAAUUGAAGAGAUAUGGGAAACAAAAUCCAGCGCUAAUCUGUUCCAAACAUUUAGCAGCGGCAAAAAAGAAGCGUACAUAUAUGUAUACAUAUGAUUAUUUAGAAAUAUCGAGGCGCAGUGCCGAGAUGCAACCGAAAGUGUAAUGAAAUUUGAAAUGAGCAAAGGUCAUUUUUUGUAAUAAUCGUAAUCCUUGAACUCUAGAAAUGUAAUCUUGCAUAGAAGAAACGAAUGAAACAAGCAAACAAAUUCGAAACCAUUUGCAAUAUGUGCCGCAAUAGUCCAUAAAUGUUCCUUAUACGAAUUAAACAUUGAAAGUGAAAUCAGAGUUUAUUUUUUUUUUUUUAAAUAUAUACUUAAAUAUAUGUAUAUGUAUUAUUGUUGCAUAAUCUAACUUUUGACUUAAUAUGUUACAUUUUACGUGUACGACUGUGUGUGUAUAACUAACUAUUUGCGUUUUAUCAGUAGCUUGGCGAACAAAAAACAAAAAACAAAAAAAAACCAACCAAAUGGCAAAAGCAAAAGCAAAGAAAAAGCAGCAAAAAUCCAUAAGAGAUCACACAAGAUGAUAAUCGUUGUUUGAGGAUCACAGUCUAGCUAAUUAAUAAAUUGAUGAAUAGGAUCGAUCGAUUUCCAUUGAUGUGAAUGCAUUUUGAACACUGAAAGAACGGAUCGUUUACCAUUUAAAUAGCAAAUCAAAUAUUUAACUAUUAAAUUACUGUGUAAACCUAAUAACGUAUAAUAUAUUUCUGCGUGUAAAUUGAACUAAACGAUUAAUUAAUUAACUAAUUUAGCGAAUCGAUUUUUGUUGAGAGAGAAAGAGCGCUAGCACACACACACACACAAACACAAAACUUAUUUUCCUUGACUUAGUAUGAGCUAAUUGCAAUGAGAUUAAGCGAAUGAGAUGUAUUUAAGUAAGUAUAAGGCAUGGCACACACAUGAGAAACGGAUGAGUUUCGGCGUUUCAGAUCAAUUCAAUGAUAAUGAUGGCAAUCAAGUUCUCAAUUUGCGCCUACACCUCUUCCCAAAAACCGAUGAUAUCAGCUUCUCCUUUAUCACUAAUCACAACCACUAUCAAUGCGAAAUCAAAAGCUAUAAGAUAUACCACAUACAUACUCACGCAAGAAAUGCCUUCAUCGAGAUCAUAUUAUCCACGAACCAAGAAUAUUAACGCUGUACUUUUGCUUCGACUCUUCAACCACCAAUAAUUGCAUUGAACUCUAAUCUAAAUAUUUAUACAGAUAUAUAUAUAUAUUAUAUACCGAGUUGGCAUUGGAAAACAGUUAGUUUUAGUGAUCUAUGCACGUAUCGUAACAAUACCAAGAUUAAUUAAAUCGUAGCUAAAAGAAACAAAUCAAGGAUGAGGCGGCAGUCGCAGAGUUUCCCUCUUAGCUUUUAUAAAAAAAAAAAAGAUGGAGAAAUGGAAACAACUUACUCAACUAAUUGAGAGAUACACCAUAUUUAUAUAGAUAUAUAUAUAGCGUUUUUUUUUUUUGUUAAUCCUCCACCACAACUAUAUAAUUAUUGAAAGUUGAUGAAAGCUGUUGGGCCGUUUAAGUUUCAGAGUUUCUGUUCUAUAUGUGGUUAAAAUUGUUAAUGUUGUUACACCGCAAAUGCAUACUUAGUUAGUUAGUCGAGUGAAAUGGGAGUUCCCCCAAAUCACAUUUAAUUGCAAUAGUCUCGAGUAUUGAACGCCAAGAACACCAAUUCCAUAGAAUGAUUGUAUACACUCAGAAAAUCAAUCGGCAUUUAUGUUCGAAAAUCGCCGCAAAUAUUUUCAACAAGUAUGGGUUUUUACGGAUUUAAAAUAAUGAAAUUGAAAACUAAAUUCCAUAUUGUUAGGCUAUAAACAAAUGUUUCUAUUGAUGGACAACAUUUCAGGUAUAAUUUUUGAAAAACAACAAAUAUUUAUUUCAAUUGUUAAUACCAAAAUACGCAUAGGUCAACAAUUAAGUUUUAAUUUUUUUUUUUUAAUAUAGUUUAAUUAUCAAAGAACUAUACAUUUUAAGCCAUUAAACGUAGGCAAUAUUCAGAUAAUUUUCUGAAAUAAAUUAAUUGUAAAUUUUGGAUUCUCUUAGGGCGAUUUGCAUUCCGAGUGUAUCAAGAGCCAUGGUAAAUAAUAAAGCUAAGAAGUAUUAAUAAUUCUACACUAUGUAUGACUAACAAUACAUUUGCUUAGUUCCCUCGAUAAAGAAAGUACAUAACUAUUGCAUGAGGCAUAGGCAAAACUUCCUGGCACAUAGUAAAAGUAAAUAAUUGAAUAGAACGGCUGAGGAGGAGAUGAGUAGAUUUUGAUAAUAUGUACGUCAAGACCAUGCCAACAUACUUAUGGGAACUAUUUAAAAAGCAUUAAAACGUUCAAUAUAACACAUAAUACCCAGACAAAAGCAGAAUCAAAAAAUGCGGGAACGAGACGGCUGCAUGGUAUAUACAUACAUAUAUAAGACAUUUCGC